AAGAAUUGUAACUAAGAAAAAACUCUUUUCAAUAUUAAUUUAAUUAGCUUAAUUAUUAAAUUUUUGUUUCUAUACGUUGUUAACAAAGCUCACCAAAAGCCUACAGUUUUUAUAUAAUAUUUUAUACUGUAUGAUUAUUGAAGUAAAAUAUCAAAACACAUAAAUUAAUUAUUGUAUCCAAAUUUAAAAAAAAUUAAAAUGCUACCAUUAGAAGUACUUAAUAUUUUGCCUAUAAUUCUAGUUUUUACUGUAUAUCAAGUUGAAUCAAAAAUUUCACCUGAAAAACAAAUUUUAAUUACUAAGUACUGUGAAUUAUAUAAAAUUAACACUGGGUAUACAAAAGAUAAGAAUCCCAAAUUAACAUUUCACAGUUCUACUAAAACAGCUAAAAUUAAUGACUUAAUAGAUGAUCAAAUAAAUGAAAUAAGAUGUGGAUUUGCAAUGAUAGCUCAAUCUUACAUGAGAAUUUCCAAAUACCUCUUUAGACGAAGAGACUCUGAUUUAAAAUCAAAAGGCUCUAUGAUGUCGGAUUUGAAUAAUUAUAUAAAAUCAUUUAGUAAACAUGCUACCGAUAUGAUGACAAUUCUUCACAGUCUUGGGGUAGUCAAAAUGUUUGAAAUCUGGAUAUUUUAUUUGUAUACAACCGAUUUUCAGACAAUUUACUCGUAUUUAUCAAGAAAAAUUAAAGAUCAAGAUGAUGUAAAAAUGAAUUUAUAUGAAAUUCAUCGAUCCGUAGAGCAUAAAUUAAAAGUUGUAACAAAAAAGUGUGUUACUAAUAAUGUCUUUAUACUAGAUGAUAAAAACCGUUUUCAUAGCUUUUAUAAACUCAUGAGUAAAACAGGUAAUAAUGUUGAAUGGCCUAUCACUUUAAUAAACAAUUAUAGAAAAAUGAUAAACCCAAUAAUGGAAAAUAAUAUGUCAUUUGAAUUUAUAAAAAAAAAUUCAGAUGGUUUCACAUUAGAACGUUUGUUAUUAAACGAAAUAGUCUUUGAUGAUAAUAUUAUGAAUGAUUUAAUGUUCGAAUAUGAUAACAGAAUUGUUUGGGGGAAUACCCUCAAUGUGUUGCAAAAUGCUAGCAACAACUUCAAAAAUAGUCCUAAAAAAUUAUUUAACUCAUUGAGUGAGUUGAAAACCUACCACGCUUUAUUUAAAGAUUUGAUUAAAGUAAUAAUGUUAAGAAUAACUUGGACACAUUUAAUAUUGAUAAAUGAUAAAUCAGAUGAAUAUAAUUUUAAAUUUUUGAAUAAAUUUGCAGUACGAGAAGAAAAUCUUAAAUUGGUCAAAAUUUUAAAAAAAUUCGCCCUUAAUUUUGCUUUAGAAUCAGAUGUUUUUAUCAAUCAGAUAAUUAGUUGUUUAAUAGAGAAAUCAUGGAAUUGUGUAACAUUAAAUGAUAUGGGAAUUAAUAUGAUUAAAGAAGAACUCAGUUUGAUGUCAGUUAAUUUUCAAAAUGCCAAAUUCGCAGAACGAAAACCUAUUGAAUCUAAAAAUAACUUGAAAGAACAUUUUAAGAAAUGUGUACGAAUAUCUGAUAAAAUUGGACUUAGAUUACCAUACCAAGAAGGUACAUGUGAAAUUUUCAAUGAUCUCCAAAAUAAUUAUACGCGAGCUGUAAUUUUUGUUGAUCACUUACGUCACUUAUUAAAAAAAGUAGAUUUUUUUGUGAUUCGAUCCUUAACUUCUUGUUCCUAUGAAUCAUCAAUUGAUAUUGAUAUACAGAAAGAUUUUAAAGCAUUUCAACAAGACAUACCACAUAAUUUAAUACCACCUACACAAAAUUAUGAAGUUUGGGAAGAAAUUAGUGAUAUAGCUACACCAAAAGAAUUUGAUCGUAAUUUUUAUGACAAUAAAGAAACAAAUUUUGGAUUUUUAGAAAAAGCUGCGGUACCUAAACAAAAGUAUGACUUUAAUAAAAGUCCACAGUUAAUUGAUUCCUUUUCAAUAAUACGUGAAUCGGAAAAUGGUUGGGAAGUAAUGACUAGUGGUAGAUUCGAAGAUAGUUUUCGGUCUGAAGAUUUCAAAACCGCGCUAGACGACGAUUUAUACACUGUCAUUAGUGAUGAUAUUUCUGAACAACAAAAUAAAAAUAUCCAAAAAACUCAAAAAUUUAAAUCAGAUUAAAAAAUGUUGACGUUGUUACAUAGUAAAUUAAAUACGAAGAAUAACAAAAUGUAUUUAUUGAUGAUAAAAAAGUGUAAUGAAUUAUUAAAAUAUAUACAAUUUAAAAUUUACUAA